AUGCGGUCGGUCUGGCCGUCGACGGCAAAAUCUCCAUAUCCAUUGGAACAGAGUACAGAGGAGGAAUGGAUCCACACGGCUCGUGAGGAACCUACCAUGUUGCUUCACAUGGUCCAACGCUUUCCAUUUCCGGAGGAACUUAUGGCUUCGCUCAGUGACAAGACGCUAAUGGAGUGGACAGCUCAGUGGCGCCGCGACUGUGUUCAGGCUAGAUUAAUUGCGUACCGAAGCAGGUCAGAGGACCGGGGAACACUCCGAUGGCUGGACGACUGGAAGGCACGGUUCGCAAGGGCCCCACCGAACAACCUUGCCCCUCUAGUGGAUAGCAGUGAAGACUGGAUCAAGCUCAGGAGUCGCAGUUACGGGAAAGAUGAAAUCCUGAAACUGUGCGACGUGGGGAACAAAAGGCGUCUUGCUCAACAUAUUCUAUGUGCCUUAAUCUAUGAAAAAGAAAUUCGAGCACUAACGGGACGAGAGAAGGAAAGCGAAAUCGGAGCGCUGACGCGUCUGCAGCCGUAUUCUGCAGAAACGAACUCAGUGGACUGGUAUGCUCUCGCGCGCUACUUUUCCAAGGCCAUAGAGAAGAGGGCCGUUGAGCGCGAUCAUCCUUAUUAA